GCCGGCCAUGGCGGAGCCGCUGUGCAGCGCGGGGGCGGCCGGCGCCGUGUACCGCUCCCGCGACCCCGUGCGCAACCUGCGCCUCCGGGUCCGCAUCCAGCGGGUCACGUCGGCCGGGCCCGUCCUGCCGCAGGCCCCGCCGCUGCUCGCCGGCCCGCGCGGCCCCGAGCUCCUGGGCCUGGCCGACCGCGCCGCGACCGGUGGCGGGGGCAGCGCUGUUGGAGUGACCAGGCCCUCUCCUGCAGGUGCCUGGCGUCCCCCAGACGAUGAAGAGGAGGCCGAGGUGGGGUGGCAGGAGAAGCUCUUCAGCCAGUUUGAGGUGGAUCUGUACCAAAAUGAGUCAGCCUGCCAGACUCCCCUGGACCGGCAGUACCGCGAGGAGAUCCUGAGACUGGAGAAGGCUGGAGGUCGGAAGAACUAUCGCAUCUUCACCUAUACUGAUCAUGACCGAUUCACCAACCUAGAGGAGUAUUGCCAGAAGGUAACUGACUCAGAUCAUGAGGUGCUGUCGUAUCUGGCGGAAAGGAUGGCCAAUGUGAGGAGGAGAAGACAAGACCGUAGGCCAGUAGAAGCAACUUCUCUGAAGUCAAAAAUCAUCACCUGGGAACCAUCAGAAGAAUUUAUAAAGAACAAUCAUGUGAUUAACACUCCUGUCCAGACCAUGUACAUCAUGGGGGACUUGGGACCUUAUGGGAAGCUUGGACACAGGGAGUAUGAACAUGUUCUUUGCACAAUCAAGGUGGACGGCAAUGGGGUGAUCACAGUGAAGCCUGACUUUACUGGCAGCAAAGGAGCCUACCGGAUCGAGCUGGAUGGAGAGAAGCGAGAGGUAUGGAAAUACACCAUUGAGAAUGCAUCUGUCCAAGUGCAGCCAGAGGAGGAGGAACGCGAGCAGUGUGUGUUCAGAGACCUGUACAGUCGGCACAAGGAAUACCUCAGUGGUCUCGUAGGCUCAGAAUUUGAGAUGACUCUUCCUGGCACGCUGCGGCUUUUUGUGAAUGGAGAAAUAAUUUCAGCUCAAGGCUAUGAGUAUGACAACCUCUAUGUUCACUUCUUCCUGGAGCUGCCUAACCAGUGGUCGAGCCCUGCAUUCCAGCAGCUAUCAGGAGUGACACAGACCUGUGCCACCAAGACAGUGGGCUGGGAUAACGUGGCAUACUUCUGCUACCCCUUCACUUUGGAGAUGUUUUUCACCCAAGGAGAUGAAUCGGAAGUCAGUCUCCCACAGUGGCCUGUCCUUUACUUUGAGGUCCUGUCCCUGGAUUUCUGGCAGAGGUAUCGUGUUGAAGGAUAUGGUUCUUUGGUGCUGCCAGCAUCUCCAGGUCUCCACAUGCUCACCAUCCCCACCUGGCGCCCUGUGGAGCUGGGGACCGUCGCUGAGCUGAGGAGAUUUUUCAUUGGUGGAUCUCCUGAGCUGGAGGACAUAACCUACGUCAGGACACCAUCAACCUUCAAGGGAGAGCGCCUGAGCCGUUUUGGUUUUCGCACAGAGACAACAGGGAGCGUCACCUUCCGGCUUUACUGCCUGCAGCAGUCUAAAGCCUUUCUGGAAACCAGUGCCCUGAGGCAGCGCAUGCAGAGUGUACUGGACCGGCUUGGAAGCUUCAGUCAGCAGAGCUCCGUCUACAAUGUUUUGGAGGCUUUCCAGAGAGCACGGCGCCGGAUGCAGGAAGCGCGCGAGAGCCUUCCUCAAGACCUCAUCAACACCUCUGCUGCCACUGUGCACCAGUCACAGGAAUCAUGAUUCCACCUCCGCUGCCUGGGAGCGCUCAGCAUCUUCUCUCGGACACAAGCUCCCAUUGUUCAAGAGGAGUCAUGGUGCUGGUGCCUGGAGGCUUUUGAAGCCCUUCCUUUUUUGUUUUCCCUGGGUGGCAGAAGGAGUCUGUAACACAUUCAGACCCAGAAUCUUUGCAUUUCCACAGGUACCUGUGGAAGGACCCCCAUUUUUUCAAGGCAUUUUGUUACCAGGCCCUAACAAUACAGCCAAUUGUUCACGUUUCUGCCAAGUGGACUAAAAUACUGACAUGGGACAUGUGAACCCUUGAACAGCUUUUCAGGAAUUGAACAGUAAAUUAUUAGAAAUAUUUCACGUCUACAUGACUUGGUAAAUUUCGUUUUCUUCUUAAAGAAGAGGGUGAUGUUGAAGGACAAGGCAUGAAUGCUGUUUGACAUUUAAUGAAAUGAGUAGAUAACUUCUUGAAGUGCUGAUAAUUGGUGUCAGCAUUUGUAGCUAUAGGUCAGUCAACAGUAAAACACAUCUAUCCAUCUGUGCCUUAAGAUUGAUUCAUUCCUAGAGGGAGAGCUUUUUGCCACCUGUGAUACAUGAAAUCGAAGCAUGGGAAUGACGUUUGACAGAUUGAGAACUGGAGAAAAGGGUUUCGCUCCGUAUUUCCUUUUAUGUGCCCUAACGUUUCUGGCUCUGCAGUGAUGAGCAGGAGUGUUCUUUGUUCAAGAACACAACUAAAAACACGCAUUCCCCUUAGUUCAUAGCAGAACUUUGGCUGGGGCUGGACAGUUUGCAGACGACGAGAGCAGAUUAUAACGUUUGCACAGCAGCUGAACUUUGAACUGUUCAAGCUGCUCAGCUGAGCUAUGGUUCAUUGUUCUAUCUCUGCAGGACACUGCAUUGCUUCCUGGGGAAGCAUGUGUGUACCCAGUUUUCACUCAGUUUCUGCUGUUCUUUUUUCAGACUCUCUGUACCCCCAACCCCUUCCCACCCCCCAGCCCCCCUCCCGGUUUUGUUCUUGUCUUGAGUUCACAGGAGCGAGGCUACCAGCAGACUGAUGAUGCUGCAUUGAUUUGUGCAUGAGUGACUUUUCCAUGUGUUCUCCACCUCUGCUUUCAACAUGGGAUAGUAAUAAAAAUCUCAGGCUAAGA